AAAAAAAAAUGAGUCGCAGAAAUGGAAACGCGCCAAAACUAGAGCUGAAGCUGAACCUUUCGCCGCCGAGAGCUGACCGGAGAAUGGAUUCGCCAAGCCGAUCAGCCACGGCGUCACCAAUGUCCCCACUGAGCUCAUGUGUGUCGUCAGAGAACCAAGAUGACUCUCUUAGAUAUUCCAACAGUCCGGAGGCCACAUCCAUGGUGCUGGUGGGAUGCCCCCGGUGCCUGAUGUAUGUGAUGCUUUCAGAAGAUGAUCCUAAAUGCCCCAAAUGCAAGAGCACCGUUUUGCUUGAUUUUCUUCACGACAACAACAACAAAAUCACCACCACUGUCAAGACAAGGAAAAGCUAGAGUAGUAGGUCCUGGUAUCUUUUGCUAAUUCUGUCGUUCCUCCUAAGACUUAUGUUAUAGCCUUUUGUCUUUCUUUUUUUUCUUUUUUUUUUACUUUUAGGUAGUGCUAUUAGUGUUCCGUUUUUCCUUAUUCCAAAUGCUCAAAAAAGAAAAAAAGAAAAACAAGAUUAAAGAGCA